GAAAGCUACCGAGCCAACUCAGUCCUUGGAAUCUCUCUCUCUCUUCUUCUUCUUGUUAUUGCUUUUUUGUUUGUUUGUUUGUAAUUUGUUUUCAAGUGACCAAAAAUGGUGAAGCUUGCUCUUGGCAGUGUUGGUGACUCAUUCAGUGCAGCGUCUCUCAGGGCCUAUCUAGCUGAGUUCAUUGCCACCCUUCUCUUUGUUUUUGCCGGUGUUGGAUCCGCCAUUGCUUUCAACAAGCUUACUUCUGAUGGGGCCUUGGACCCGCCGGGUCUAGUAGCAGUGGCAGUGGCGCAUGCAUUUGCACUAUUUGUUGGUGUUUCCAUUGCCGCCAACAUCUCAGGUGGCCACUUGAAUCCAGCUGUCACCUUCGGAUUGGCCGUCGGAGGCAACAUCACCGUCCUCACUGGCCUUUUCUAUUGGAUUGCUCAGUUGCUUGGUUCCAUUGUUGCCUCCUUGCUCCUCUCGUUCGUCACUAAUGGACUGAGUAUUCCAACCCAUGGGCUAGCCGCGGGGUUGGGCGCCAUUGAAGGAUUGGUGUUUGAGAUCAUUGCAACCUUCGGUUUGGUCUACACCGUCUACGCCACAGCCGCUGACCCCAAGAAGGGCUCAAUCGGAAUUAUCGCGCCCAUCGCUAUUGGGUUCAUUGUCGGUGCCAACAUCUUGGCUGCCGGCCCAUUUAGUGGUGGGUCCAUGAACCCGGCCCGCUCUUUCGGCCCAGCUGUCGUCAGCGGAGACCUUUCCCAGAUCUGGAUCUACUGGGUCGGCCCACUCACUGGUGGAGGCCUCGCUGGGCUCAUCUAUGGUUACAUCUUUAUUGGGUCCUACAGCGGAGUUCCCUCUUCUGAUGAAUACGCCUAA